UGCGCUGCAAAUCCAAUCCAUUUCCGACCUUCUAGAAGCCUUUCAACCCGCCGCUUUGCCCGCCGCUCUUUGCUUCUUCCCUCUUCGGUACCCAUUUCGUCGCAGCACAGUCGGAACCCUAGUUCCCCCCUCAUUUUCCUUCCACCCGCCGUCGCGGCGCCGAUAGAGCUUGGCCUGAAAGGCGUAGGUGGAGGAGGGGAUGGACCGGAUCGUCGGCAGUAAGUACAAGCUAGGCCGCAAGAUUGGGAGCGGCUCCUUUGGGGAGAUCUACCUCGCGACACACGUCGACACCUACGAGAUCGUCGCCGUCAAGAUAGAAAACAGCAAAACCAAUCAUCCACAGUUGCUAUAUGAGGCCAAACUGUACAAUGCUCUUCAAGGAGGGACUGGUAUCGCAAACAUAAAAUGGUGCGGCAUUGAUGGCGAUGAAAACAUUCUUGUUAUCGAUUUACUCGGACCAAGCCUUGAAGAUCUGUUUGUUUACUGUGGCCGGAGAUUCUCACUGAAGACGGUCUUGAUGCUGGCAGAUCAGAUGAUAACAAGAAUAGAAUUUAUGCAUUCUAAAGGCUAUCUGCACAGAGACAUCAAGCCUGAUAAUUUCCUCAUGGGCCUUGGUCGAAAAGCCAACCAGGUUUAUGUAAUCGACUUCGGGCUCGCAAAGAGAUAUCGUGAUUCAACCACCAACCGUCAUAUACCUUAUAGAGAAAAUAAAAACUUGACUGGCACAGCUCGCUAUGCUAGCCGCAAUACUCAUCUUGGGAUUGAGCAAAGCCGCAGAGAUGAUUUGGAAUCGAUUGGAUACGUUCUCCUGUAUUUCCUCAGGGGAAGUCUUCCUUGGCAGGGCUUGAAAGCAGCCACAAAGAAACAGAAGUAUGACAAAAUAAGUGAGAAGAAGCUUUCAACUCCUAUUGAGGCUCUAUGUAAAUCCCACCCUAUGGAAUUUGCUUCCUAUUUCAACUACUGCCAUUCUCUGACAUUUGAUCAGCGUCCCGAUUAUAAUUUCUUGAGGCGUACCUUUCGAACAUUAUUUGACCGCGAAGGCUAUCAGUUUGAUUAUGUGUAUGACUGGACUUUGUUGAAGUGUAAGCAAUCCCAGAAGGCUAAGGCUCAACAAGGAUGCUCUCAUGAUGUAGGCGUAAGCAGCCGUCCAGUUACAACGAAGGUGGACAAGCACCAAGUUGGUGUUGCACGCCCAAUUGACGCUUCAGGUCUGCUUGAAGCAGAACAACGCCCGGCAAUCAGAAUGCAAUUCAAGUGUAGUGCAGAAAACAGCCGUUCAAAUAAUCUGCAUCCUGAGAGAUUGGGAGUUGCUGCUAGCUCUAAUAAUGCAUUGCUGCAAUCCACGUCACUUGGCCAUGCUGAUGCUCCAAUGAACAAUGCGACACAUUCGAAAACGCAGGGGUCUAUCGAUCCACACACUCGUGGAAGUUAUAGUCCAGGGCCCUCUAACCACAUUUAACCUUUUGGAUAGUUCGUAAAAGCUUGCGGGUCCAUUCAGUAAAUAACUGGUUGCCUGAUGUGGUUUCAUGGAUGCAUUCUGGACAAACAUUCAAUGCCAUUGCUGGAAAUAGCUGUCGGGUUUUUAUGGGGACUUCUGUAUUGCUUGAGGGUCCUUUACAAAUAUAUAAUGGUGCUGUAUUCUAUACAAUAAUGAAAAUUUGGGGUUUCACCAUGAUAGCUUUCAUUCAUUUUAAUAUAGACCAACAGCAACAGUUACAACUUUUUAAAUUGUAUAAGAAAGUGAGGUACUAUCUGACUUAGAUUGGCUGCAGGUUCCACUGUGUUCAACACAAUCAAUGAUUGCGAAGAGGUAUCUGGGAAGUUUAUGAUUGAUCAGCAUACACGAUCAUUGAUAUAUGCAUGCAUCAACUAGGAUAGCACCUCUUUGCUGAAAGUGACGUCAUAUUCGACUAGGAUUGGCUGCAGUUUUUAAUGUGUCUGACACCAAAUCACCAUACAAAAACCAGAGUUGGAAGUUUAUGGUUGGCUGAUUCAUUCAUACAUCAACUAGAAGAACCCUCUUUGUUGAAAGACUGUCAUAUUCUACUUGGAUUGGCUUGCAGCUUGCAAUGUGUUUGAUACCAAAUCUCACCAUACAAAGACUGAAGAGGUCCGCGAAGUUUAUGAUUGAUUAGCAUCCAUGUAUAUGACUUCAACUUUCAACAAACACAUGUUGUGGCCCUUGGGCUCGAGAUAAAAAAAAGGUUAAAACUUCAAUCCACAACGAUCUGGCUGGGCAGAGGUAAAUAUCGUGCCAUGUUCCUUCCAUAGACAUGGUGACAUUGUCGCUUGUGUUUCAUUUGAAUGAGAGGAUUGAAUAUACUUCUUAUAACAUUGUGAGGAAGUUCUAACGCAUCUUGGUUUUUCCUGCUGGUGUUUUUUUGGUUGGCAUUCUCUCUCCAACUGUCAUGAAAAUAAUGAACUGUACAUAAAUUCUUAAAGGGCUGUUUAAUUUUUGAGGUGAAAUGAGAUGAUUUACUUGAUCAAAGUGUCCAUAUUUAGGUGUAUCAUUUUUCUGAGUGUCCAAGUCGUGCCUAGAACUGUGCGACGUGUAACAGAGCAGAAUGAAGUCCACCUUUAGUCGGUGAUUAUAAUAUUCCUGGUUUAACUAUA